UAGCAUGCUGUCAUGAAUAGUUCAACGAAUACUAAUGUGUUGCGACGCAUGAUUGACGGUAUUUAAUUAAGCGAAGUAUUUUUAAUAAAUUCAUUUCUACUGUUAAAAUAUGUGGUUGCAUAUAAAGAUGUCGGAAAUAUAUAGAUCGAAAAAAUUUAAGAAUUGCUGACGAGCAAAAUAUGAGAGAAAUUAAAUAAUAAAAUUAUGUACAUACGUCCGCACAACGACUUCAAAAGAUAAAUUUUUUGAUACAUCAAAUUUAAUUGAUAUGAUUUUUGUCUGAUAUAUAAGAAAGAUAAUUAAAAAAAAUCAUGUCAAGUGCAAUAGCAAAGGAGAAGCAUGCUAAAUAUUUCCAAAGAUUAUUACAAGUUAUGCCAAGUAGGUUGGCAGAAUUAGAUUCUAGCAGAUCAGUCAUAGCAUAUUUUGCUAUAUCUGGAUUAGAUGUAUUAAAUUCUUUGGACGAAAUUGGAGAUGAUAUGAAAGCAGGUAUAGUGGAUUGGAUUUAUAGACUUCAAAUUGCAGGAGCUGGACCACGUUCUGGCUUUCAAUCAUCUACAACAAUACCAAAAGAGGCCUCAAAGUAUCGAUGUGGUCAUUUAGCGACAACAUAUACAGGAUUAGUUACUCUUGUAAUUGUUGGGGAUAAUUUAGAUAGAGUGGAUAAAAAAUCUAUUAUCGAAGGAGUACGUGCCUGUCAAAACCCCGAUGGAUCCUUUAAAGCUAUUGAAAUGGGAUAUGAAAGUGAUAUGAGAUUUCUUUAUUGCGCUUGUUGUGUUUCUACAAUUUUGGAUGAUUGGUCUGGUGUAAAUAAAGCAAGUGCCAUCGAUUAUAUUUUAAGAAGCAUUUCGUACGAUGGAGCAAUUGGCCAAGGUCCUGGACUUGAGUCUCAUGGAGGAUCUACAUUUUGUGCUAUAGCCAGUUUAUUUCUUAUGAACGAGCUUCAUAAUGUAUUAACUCAGCAACAUUUAACUAGACUAAGGCGAUGGUGCCUAAUGAGACAAGAUGGUGGUUUUCAUGGUAGACCAGGGAAACCAUCUGACACUUGCUAUAGUUUCUGGAUUGGUGCAACAUUACAACUUCUUGAUGUUGGAUCAUUGUCAAAUCGUGAUGCAAAUAAAGCAUUCCUAUUAAGAACACAAGAUGCAUUAGUAGGUGGAUUUGCAAAAUUUGAUAAUUGUACUUCAGAUCCUUUACAUACAUAUCUAGGAUUAUGCGGUUUGAGCCUAUUGGGAGAGCCUGGUCUCAGUUCACUAAAUGCAGCUCUCAAUAUUUCUGAACGAGCUUAUAGACAUUUACAAAAACUUCAUGAAACAUGGCGACUACAGUGAUGAUAAUAUAAAUUAAAGAACUGUUCGUUAUCAUAUCAAGCGCACAGAUAAAAAUAUAUCGAAUGGUAUAUUUACAUUUGAAUAUUGAAAUAUAUAGUGCCCGCUGUGUUAUGUACGCUGAAGAAACAUUAUUCUAAAAAUAGUCAAUUACUGUCUAUAUUAAUUGGAACAUUAUACUUUCUUAAUAUUUCAUUUGAAAUAAUGACAAAAACUAAAAUUCUUAAGUACAAUAUUAAUAAAUAUAAAAGAUGAUUUAGAAAAUUGAUAAAAAAGA